AUGGCGGCGGUGAUCCGUCGCAUGUACACGAAGAAUAUCGUCCUCAAGCCCUUACUUCACAGCAGUGAGAGGAGCUGCAUCAUCGCAAUACGGAGGCACUCCACACUCCCAUCAUUGGGGAAACCUCUGAGGCUCGGGCCUUGGAGACUACACGCCUGUCCAUGUUGGCUGAGCGUGCGUGACUGGAGAACCUUUAGCUUACACUCGACGAUCGCGCUCAACGACUGGUCCCUGAAUCCAGUCAACGACAGUGAAUUCCGCUUUAGGGCCACCCCUGACUCUACCAUCAUUAUAGGGGUAUGGGGUUCGAGACAAAGAAAGAUCAAGGCAGCAUAUCAGUUUUUCCUAUAUACUUUACUGGGAUCCGUUUUUAUGCUAUUAGCUAUUCUGUUGAUUCUUCUCCAAACAGGAACCACCGAUUUACAAAUUUUAUUAACCACUGAAUUUAGUGAGCGGCGCCAAAUCCUUCUAUGGGUUGCUUUUUUCGCCUCUUUUGCCGUCAAAGUGCCUAUGGUACCAGUUCAUAUUUGGUUACCCGAAGCCCAUGUAGAGGCACCUACGGCUGGAUCCGUCAUCUUGGCUGGAAUUCUUUUAAAAUUGGGAACCUACGGGUUUUUAAGAUUUUCAAUACCCAUGUUUCCCAAAGUGACACUUUGUUUCACUCCUUUCAUUUAUACUCUAAGCGCGAUUGCUAUAAUAUAUACUUCCUUGACCACUUUAAGACAGAUCGAUCUUAAGAAGAUCAUUGCCUACUCCUCAGUAGUCCAUAUGAAUUUGGUGACUAUUGGUAUGUUUAGUCCGAACAUACAGGGAAUUGGAGGUAGCAUUUUACUUAUGUUAAGUCAUGGACUGGUUUCUUCAGCCCUUUUUCUAUGUGUUGGUGUUCUAUAUGACCGACAUAAGACUCGACUUGUUAGAUAUUAUGGAGGUUUAGUGAGCACCAUGCCGAAUUUCUCUACCAUUUUCUUCUUUUUCACUUUAGCCAAUAUGAGUUUACCCGGCACUAGCAGCUUUAUCGGGGAAUUUCUAAUCUUAGUAGGAGCUUUCCAAAGAAAUAGCUUAGUAGCCACAUUAGCUGCGCUUGGGAUGAUUUUAGGCGCGGCGUAUUCCCUGUGGCUAUAUAAUCGUGUGGUUUCUGGAAAUUUAAAACCCGAUUUCCUCUAUAAAUUCUCCGAUCUAAAUGGCAGAGAAGUUUCCAUAUUUCUACCUUUUCUUGUUGGAGUUGUUCGGAUGGGUGUUCACCCCAAAGUGUUCCCGGACUGCAUGCAUACAUCCGUAAGUAACUUAGUGCAACAUGGCAAAUUUCAUUGAGAGGAAUCAGCAAAGAAAAGAAA